UGCUAUGUACUUCCGUUUCCGCUGCAAUUAUUGUGGACGAAGAACAACAAUAAUUUGUUUUGUAUCUUUUGAGGGAAAUUUGGUGAAAUUAAAUCUAUUUUCACACUAAAUAUUGAUUUGUAUAUUAUAACAGAUUAACGGAUGACAUUGGCACAAAACAACUUUUUUAACAUUGGACACAUCUGGAAUAUUUAUUACUUUUUCUGAGACUAAAGGAGACUGUUUCACACAAUAGAUAUAAAAACACAACUACAAUAAAUCUGUGGUUGAAUUACUGUGAAAUAUUUGCUCUGAUUGAAGAUUCAUAACAACAUUUCUCCAUCUCAUUAUUUCGUGCUUUUGCAUUCUAAUUAAACUUGGAUAGAUUUAUGUUUUGACGGCAUCUUUAGAUAUCAGAGUUGAUAGCAAUUGAUAUUUCUAAGGAAUCUAUUAUAAGAAGAACAAGGAGAAAACUAUUUGAAGUGGUGAGAAAAAGAUAAAGAAAAACUUUAAUACUGUGAGAAACUUCAAUGAUUAGGUCUGUUUUUAUCCCUUAAAAAAAUGUCGAAAGAAUUAGGGAAAUCAUAUCACUGUAAUAUCUGCACUAAAUCAUUCUCUGAAAAACGUAAUCUAACAAUUCACAAAUGUUUUCAUACAAAAAGGAAGCCUUUUGACUGUGUUACCUGUGGUAAAUCAUUCACAGAAAAUGCUGACUUGACUAAACACAAACGUAUUCAUACAGGAGAGAAACCAUAUCACUGUGCUAUCUGUGGUAAGUCAUUCUCUCAAAUAUCUAACUUGACUAAACACAAACGUAUUCAUACGAACGAGAAGCCAUAUUGUUGUGAUAUCUGUGGUAAACCAUUCUCUCAAAUAUCUAACAUGAAUUCUCACAAACGUGUUCAUACAAAAGAGAAGCCAUUUCACUGUGCUACCUGUGGUAAAUCAUUCUCUCAAAUAUCUAAUUUGACUUCUCAUAAACGUAUUCAUACAGGUGAGAAGACAUAUCACUGUAAUACCUGUGGUAAAUCAUUCUCUGCAGGUGGUGACUUAACUACUCACAUGCGUAUUCAUACUGGAGAGAAACCAUAUCACUGUGAUGUCUGUGGCAAAGCAUUCACUACAAGUAGUGCUUUAACUUCUCACAGACGUAUUCAUACAGGUGAAAAGCCAUAUCACUGUGAUACCUGUGGUAAAUCAUACCGUAGAAGUGGUGACUUGACUAAACAUACUCGUAUUCAUACAGGUGAGAAGCCAUUUCAUUGUGAUACCUGUGCUAAAUCAUUCUCUGAAAACGGUGCCUUAACUAAACAUAAACGUAUUCAUACGGGAGAGAAGCCACAUCACUGUGAUGUCUGUGGUAAAUCAUUCUCUCAAAUGUCUAACUUAACUUCUCACAAACGUAUUCAUACAGGAGAGAAGCCAUUUCAUUGUGAAAUAUGUGAUAAAUCAUUCUCUGCAAGUACUGCAUUGACUUCUCACAUACGUAUUCAUACAGGAGAGAAGCCAUAUCACUGUGGCAUUUGUGAUAAGUCUUUCCCUGUAAGCAGUGCCUUAACAUUUCAUGAACGUAUUCAUACAGGAGAGAAGCCAUUUCACUGUGAUGUCUGUGGUGAAUUGUUCUCGGCAAGUGGUGCUUUAACUUCUCACAGACGUAUUCACACAGGAGAGAAGCCAUUUCACUGUGAUACCUGUGGUAAAUCAUUUUCUCAAAAAGGUAACUUAAAGACACACAUGUCUAUCCAUACAAAGUUAUGAUUGUAUCAUUUUGAAAUUUCUUCACAACACACAACCAACCAACCUUUGAAAACAACUUUUUUUUUCCUGUGCUAUGUAAAAAAUAUCUUGUAUAACCACAAAUGUAUUCACAUGUGAAAGAUGAUUUAGCAGUGUGAUAUUUUAAAUAAAAGAAUUCUCGUAUAUAUUCCAUAUCACAAAUUUCCAUCAAAAAUAUACUAGACUGUAAAAAUAAAUAUUUCAUCAUACUUUUGUAGAACAGUGCUUCUCAAAGCGGUGGUCUGUGGACCGGUGCCGGUCAACAAACCAUCAACUGCCAGUACAUGGUGAGUUUCCAGAAAAGAAAGAAACAUUAUAAAAUGCUUAUGUAAUAUUGUAUUAUUUGUUUACAAAAUAAAUAUAAGAUGAAAAAUA